AAAUUUAAUGCUCGUGUUCACCCUCCUCACCUCCUCAUCCUCAGCUACUGCGGGAUUCAGAUCAAUAGCCGAAUAUGAAGAUGCCCUCCUCAGACAUUUAUUCCAAGGUUAUCAGAAGUGGGUCCGCCCUGUCUUGCAUUCAAAUGACACCAUAAAAGUGUAUUUUGGAUUGAAAAUAUCUCAGCUCGUAGAUGUGGAUGAAAAGAAUCAGCUGAUGACGACCAAUGUGUGGCUCAAACAGGAGUGGACGGACUACAAAUUACGCUGGAAUCCUGAUGACUAUGGUGGAAUCAGCUCGAUUAAAGUUCCAUCGGAAUCUCUCUGGCUUCCUGACAUUGUUCUCUUUGAAAAUGCAGAUGGACGCUUUGAAGGCUCUCUCAUGACCAAAGUCAUAGUGAAAUCAAACGGAACCAUCACUUGGACUCCGCCCGCCAGUUACAAAAGCUCCUGCACCAUGGACGUCACGUUCUUCCCCUUUGACCGGCAGAACUGCUCGAUGAAGUUCGGAUCCUGGACAUACGAUGGUACCAUGGUGGACCUCAUGUUGAUAAACGAAAACGUUGACAGAAAAGACUUCUUUGAUAAUGGAGAAUGGGAAAUACUCAACGCCAAAGGGAUGAAGGGAAACAGGAGGGAUGGUUUAUACUCAUAUCCGUUUAUUACGUACUCUUUUGUUCUGAGACGCUUCCCUUUGUUUUACACUCUCUUUCUGAUCAUCCCCUGCCUGGGGCUGUCUUUUCUAACAGUUCUUGUGUUCUACUUACCUUCUGAUGAAGGAGAAAAACUUUCCUUGUCAACGUCUGUCUUGGUGUCUCUGACGGUUUUUCUAUUGGUGAUUGAAGAAAUAAUCCCAUCGUCUUCCAAAGUCAUUCCUCUCAUUGGAGAGUACCUGUUGUUCAUUAUGAUUUUCGUCACCCUGUCCAUUAUCGUCACCGUUUUUGUAAUUAAUGUUCACCAUAGAUCUUCUUCGACCUACCAUCCCAUGGCUCCCUGGGUGAAGAGGCUAUUUCUGCAAAAACUGCCCAAAUUACUCUGCAUGAAAGACCACGUGGAUCGCUACUCCUUCCCAGAUAAAGAUGAGAGCAAACUAGGAGAGAAAGGUAAAGUUCUAGAAAAGAAGAGGCAGAAACAGAUGACCGAUGGGGAAAAAGUUCUGGUUGCUUUCUUGGAAAAGGCUGCUGAUUCCAUUAGAUACAUUUCAAGCCAUGUGAAAAAAGAACAUUUCAUUAGCCAGGUAGUGCAAGACUGGAAAUUUGUAGCUCAAGUUCUUGACCGAAUUUUCCUGUGGAUCUUUCUGAUUGUGUCAGUUACAGGCUCGGUUUUGAUUUUUACUCCUGCUUUGAAGAUGUGGCUACAUAGUCGCCAUUAGCAGCCUCCAGAGAAAUUUAAAGGACACAGUUCCACCUUGAACUGACAUCUGGCUGGCAGUACACAGAAUCCAAACGCACACGUUUGUUCCAAGAGCCCCCGCUGCACAGUCCUCAUGGAAAUUGAACGUCUCUUUAUAGGAAAAUGCUUGGCAAACGUGGGUUUGCCCAAAUUAAUCUGUGAUUGCUGCUGUUAGAGUGAGUUGUUCUUUAAAAAAGGAGAACCUCCUUGGGCUUCUGGCUUGGCCUCCUCGGACUUACAGGGAGGGGUCAUAGGUCCAGGGUCAAGCUCUCAAGCCAGUUUGUUCCAGGCACUGUUGCCGUGUAAUGGACUUGGACCCCGUUUUUUAUCAAUGUUAAGAACUGGCAUUUGUA